AUGAAUUCUUCUUCUUCAUUCCCUCUCUUCGCUCUUCCCCACCUCAUGCAAGGAUUAUGCUUCAAGCAAAUGGAUGGGUUUGAUCUUAUCUGCUGGACUCUCGGAAACAAGAUUGCCACUGAAGCUGUCUCCCUCCACAAGUACUCUACACCUGAUCUCCAUGUCACAAUCACCUGGGAUAGUGGCCGAUUCAAUUCUCAAUUCUACCAUUUCAAUGAGAAUGGAAAAGUUGUUGGAAUGUGGAAUAUUCAAUCGAAAAAUAAGAAACGACCAAGAAAUAUGAAACACAUUGGAGCGGAUUCAGUUGUGAUCCAUACUUAUCCGUCCUGUUCCAUCACGGAUAUCCACUCCUUCAACCCAAUCUCCACAACCACUGCACUGAUGGAUCAUUUCAAGAAGAUCUACCGAAAAGUCAACUACAGUAUCCGAUUUGAAGGCGUCGACUUGGGAGAACAUGCCCUGUACAAAUGGAAACAUCUCAGUGAAGCUUCUAAAAUCGAGUUGAUCGAUUCAAAUGUUUAUCCCCAUCAUAUCCAAGUGUUCCAGUCGAUGCUCCGCCCACAGCAGGAGUUAUUAAUUGAGAGAGGAUCAGUGAAGUUGGAGAAUUGUCCGAAAGUGAAGAAGAUCACAAUCAAUGCAUCCAAAUACUUCACUGCCAACAAAUUCAAUAACUAUGAUUGUGAGCAGUUAGAAGUACGGAGAUACACUAUCAACCACAAUGAUUAUGUUGAAUUUCUGACCGAAUGGAUGGGUGGAAGUCAUAAAAAUCUCAAGACGUUCACUCUCUUCGAUGCCGACAAAGGCUGGUUGAUUUAUAGAUUGAAGCCAUUCAAAUAUGAAGGAGAAGUAAAGAUGUUUUAUGAGAGUGAUUCCGGAUUGAUCGACUGCUCGGAAGGAUACUAUAUCAUGAGAAACGACGGAACUCUGGGUACACUCGUCUUCAAUGAGAAUGGAGUCAUGCAAUUCGUCGUUUGGCUAUGA